CCCCCCCCCCCCCCCCCCCCCCCCCCCCCCCCCCCCCCCCCCCCCCCUCCCCCCCCCCCCCCCCCCCCCCCCCCCCCCCCCCCCCCCCCCCCCCCCCCCCCCCCCCCCCCCCCCCCCCCCCCCCCCCCCCCCCCCCCCCCCCCCCCCCCCCCCCCCCCCCCCCCCCCCCCCCCCCCCCCCCCCCCCCCCCCCCCCCCCCCCCCCCCCCCCCCCCCCCCCCCCCCCCCCCCCCCCCCCCCCCCCCCCCCCCCCCCCCCCCCCCCCCCCCCCCCACCCCCCCCCCCCCCCCACCCCCCCCCCCCCCCCCCCCCCCCCCCCCCCCCCCCCCCCCCCCCCCCCCCCCCCCCCCCCCCCCCCCCCCCCCCCCCCCCCCCCCCCCCCCCCCCCCCCCCCCCCCCCCCCCCCCCCCCCCCCCCCCCCCCCCCCCCCCCCCCCCCCCCCCCCCCCCCCCCACCCCCCCCCCCCCCCCCCCCCCCCCCCCCCCCCCCCCCCCCCCCCCCCCCCCCCCCCCCCCCCCCCCCCCCCCCCCCCCCCCCCCCCCCCCCCCCCCCCCCCCCCCCCCCCCCCCCACCCCCCCCCCCCCCCCCCCCCCCCCCCCCCCCCCCCCCCCCCCCCCCCCCCCCCCCACCCCCCCCCCCCCCCCCCCCCCCCCCCCCUCCCCCCACCCCCCCCCCCCCCCCCCCCCCCUCCCCCCCCCCCCCCCCCCCCCCCCCCCCCCCCCCCCCCCCCCCCCCCCCCCCCACCCCCCCCCCCCCCCCCCCCACCCCCCCCCCCCCCCCCCCCCACCCCCCCGCCCCCCCCUUCCCUAAGCCUGUGCUUGGUGGAGAUUCCGCUCAGCGUGUCGUUAAUAGGCGAAGGGUCUUCGCGCGGACGGACGUUGCAAGGCGGGGAAUUUUCGAGCGGUCGCCCAGCGGCCUUAGCAGGGCUUUUGCCUCCUUAUCUCCCGGCUCUAAUGGCAGUCAUGUGCCGGAGUCUAAUCAAGAGAACAACGGUGUCUCGCGAGCAAGCGGAUCCGCCGCGCGAAGAUUGGAAGAUAUCGAAGUAGAGAUAAUAGUUGUCAUCGCAGCGAGGCGGCACCACCCAGCUGCUUUUAGUACCCCCUUAAUAGGCGCCACCCUCCCGGCCGGCUACAUUGAUCAUGCAAUUAGGAACCCAAAUUGCGUGGCCGCCGCGUCUCGUGCAGCAGUAUUUUAUCUCUAUUGUAUUCCUGGGUCCAAAUCUGCCCUAGAUGGCAUCAGACCAACGUAA